AUAUUUGAAUUGAUUAAUGAAUUAAAUAUCUUUGUUGAACUAAAAAUUAUACUUUCUAGGGAAUGUAACUGUCAGCAAGUCACGUUUGACUAAUAUAUUAUCUAUACAACUGACCGCAAAAUCAGCUAUUUUGUUCAAGUUGCAUUGUAUACUCGCAGCAAGAAAGAAUUGAUAUAUGCAAUAUGUAAUAUGAGAAGUAUUAACAUAAAACAUCGAAAUAAAGUGUUGAAAAAUGGAAGCUUUAAAUGUAUUAAUUGCUAUAGGUCUUAUUCAUUGUUCAUUAUUUUUCUUUGACACUAUUUUUAAGACAUGUUCACAUUAUCCAUAUCUUUACUUUUUAAAAAAUACUGGAUUGGAGGUUCAAGUGUUAAGAAUAAAAUGGUUCACUACAGCGUUUAACCGUAAGAUAAUUAAAUGGGGAAUGGAUCGUUCUAAAUUUUGGACUGCUUGGUUUAAUGCAGGAGUCAUUAUUAGUAUCAUUCUAUUGCCUAUCGCCACAAUUGCAAUUUUAAAGAUGACAUUUAAUAUAUGGAGUAAUGGGCCAUCUCUUGACGAUAGUAAUUCUGAACCACUAUUAGAGCCAAUGUUACCUGGAAUAGAUGUACCUUUCAAUGAACUUGGAUAUUAUAUCAUUACAUUAGCAGUUUGCAGUAUUGUGCAUGAGUUAGGUCAUGCAUUAGCUGCAGCAAGAGAAGAUGUUCAGUUAUUUGGCUUAGGAAUAUUAAUUGCAUUUACAAUACCUAUAGCUUAUGUACAUAUAAGCAGUGAACAACUUACUUCGUUACCAUUGAAGAAUCAGCUACGAGUGACUUGUGCAGGAAUUUGGCAUAACAUAAUACUUGCCACAUUAGCUGCAACAGUUCUUAUGCUUUCUACAUGGUUAUGGGCUCCAUUUUAUACAGUUGGGAAUGGAAUUUAUGUAAAAACUAUUUUACCUAAUUCACCUGUGUUAGGUCGAGCAGGACUUCUUGAACAAGACAUAAUCUAUGAGAUAAAUGAUUGUCCCAUAAAACAGACUGAAGAUUGGUAUGAUUGUAUAUUAGAUACAGUAAAUCAGCCUGCUCUUGGAUAUUGUGUUAAGCAGUCAUUUAUUCAGGAAUAUGAUGAAUCAGUUCCAUCUAGACAGAAAACUAAUGGAGUUAUAAACUGUUGUACUUCAGAUAGUGAAGCUAGUGGAAGUGUGUGCUUUGAAUAUAUUGAGGGACCACAAUCUGCUCCUCUUCAUUUACCUCCACAUUCUUGCCUUCCAGCCAGAAUAAUGAUUAAUCAAUCACAAAAUUUUUGUCAUGCUAGUCAUGAGUGUUUGUUUCAAGAUACUCAUUGCUUAAAACCUUCUCUGGAUAAUAUUACUAAGAUUGUACAAAUAAAAAGAAGAGAAGGAAAAGAUGUUUUAUAUUUUGGACAUCCAGCAGAUAUUUAUAGAACAGUUGAUGUAUCUGAUUGGGUACCAAAAUAUUCAUUUUUAAACCCUAAAUUACCAGAAGCUUUAGCAUUACUUUGCAAAUAUGUGACAGUCUUCUCUGCAGGAUUAGCAGUUAUUAAUAUUGUGCCUUGUUUCUUUUUGGAUGGGCAAUAUAUCAUAAAUAUACUUUUACUUUAUUUAUUAAAUUUCACACCGCAUAAUAAAAAUAUUAGACAGACUAUCAUAUUAAUGGUAACAAGUAUAGGUACAUUACUUCUUAUUAUAAACUUACUGUAUUUACUUAUGAAUAAAUUAUUAUAAGUAGUAAAAGAAUGUUGUUAAUAUUAAAAGUUUUUGUUCAUAAUACAAAAUACACCACAAUGAAUUAUUUCCUUAUAUAAUCUUAAUGCCACCUUAUAUCACUUAUAUAAACACGUUAAUAAAUUCUAAUGAAUCUUACAGUCUCAUUCGAAGAAUUAUUUACAUCUUUGGAACAAAUUGGACCACAUAGAAAGAUUACAAUUAUAUAUUUUCAUACUUUUUAAGAGUAAGUUAUGGUAGUAGAUAUAGUACGUGUAAAAUCUAUUCAUUUCCAAAUACAUUAUAAAAAUAAAGCUAGUGCUAAAUUUUGAUAUGAUAAAAAAACAGGUGAAUUUUAUGUUUCUACUUUUAACAUAGUGUCAUGAUACCAGUUGUUACAUAAUCAAAUUUAAUCGAUGUUGGAAAAUGAAUAAAAACUGUAUACCUAUAUUAAACAUGUACAUGUAUUUUGCUUAAAUUGUUAUCUAUUAUGAAACUUUUUUAUGGCUAGUAUUUUUUUUUUUUACUUGUUAUAUAAU